AUGGAGAGCUUCGAGUUCGGCGGCUCCCAUGCUGUAGGCCAGCGCUUCAAGCCGGCAAUGAAAAGCAAAGUAUCCGCGCUUCAUAGGUGGGCGUCAUUGCUGCCAGCGGGCGGGCUCUAUUUCUGCCUUCGGUGGGCCGUGGAGCUACCCUGCUGCGUGCGGGAGCUCCGUGGCUGCAAGCAGCAGGCAUCGUUGCUGCCUUUGGUGGGCGUCGUUGCUGCCUUGGUGGGCGGCGGCGCUACCCUGCUGCCAGCGGCGGGCGUUGUUGUUGCUUGCGGCGGGCGUCCACCACCACAUGAAUCGAACCGCCCGAUCACCACAAAAUCCAAAACCUGGAGGAAAAAAACAUCCAGGCCGGCCUUGCACCGAGAGAAUGCCCGGCGACGACAACUUCGGAGUUCAAAAACCAUUCCCAGUUUCCCACCAUCUCGCCCGCCUCCCUCCUCUGUACCCUCCAACGCCGCCAGCGUCAUGGGCGAGGGACCGCAGAAGCCUCCGGGCGGGCAGCGCGUCAUCCCCUGCGACGUCGAGCCGGCGCCGCGGGCCUGCUCGGGGCUGCAUAUGCUGGCUCUUGCCACCAUCCUCGUGCUCUGGGGCCUCAAGUUCCUGCCGGCCACCCACUUCUGCCACCCCGCCGGCCCCGGCCGCAACUGGAUCCCCUUGAACACCUCGCGCCACCCCGCGGAUGUGCCGCAUCAGGUUGGAAGUGUGGAUAUCUUCUCUUGGAUAAGCUGCAUGGAUCUUCGUACGCUUGCUGUGCUGACAAACUCCACACUGUCUAGCUCAAGUAAUACACAUGAUGUAUCCUUCACUUUCUUGAUACCAGAAGGAGACAGUGAUCAAUUGCCCUUCUACAAGAUAAAAUCAGUACUACCUCAUUCAAUCGUUACCGUUACUAGUCAAAAGAAAAUCAAGGAUAAGCUAAAUGUUGCCACUCCAGAGGGAAACUUCUUAUGGUCAUUCCGCAAUGAGCUGUCACCAAUCAUUAUCGCAACUCAGUUCUCACGAAAGAGACAUGUUUAUAUCUCAGCAGACUCAAUUGUAAAGGGAAAUAUUGAAGACCUUGUCCGCGUUGAUUUAGGUAGUUAUGCCAUCGGUGCUGCUGAAGAUUGUAGCAAGCGCCUUGGUGAUUACAUCCGUAUGGAUGUUCUGCAUGCUGUUGAAAGAACAGCUCCAAAAGGUUUGGUCUAUACUGAACCUUUUGACAAGGACACGUGCUUACUUGAUUUUGAUGUGCUUAUUGUGGAGCCACGCAAUCUGAAGAGGAAUCUGGUUGACUCUAUCACGUUCUGGGCCAAGGCUGUCAACCUAGCUAGUCAUAGGGAUGGCAUUAGGUUGGCAAUUACUCUGGCCUUCUAUAACGAUUAUCUGAACCUCCCUACCAACUGGAAGCGCGCAAAUGAUAACUCGGACAUUCUCUACUACGACGGACCCAAGAGUGUUUGCUCUAAAGGCGGCCAUCUGCAUCAAGAAAAAGGCUCCGGCAAGGCCUGGCAACUGUACCUUAGUCAGAAGUCUGACGCGGCACUGAGCACCUGAAAGAUGGCUCUUCAGACUAUGUUCUCCACCGUUGGGGUGGCGUGGCAAUUCCUUGCUGCGGGAGCUAAAUAAUGGGAGUGCGGACGGGACAAACCCGACGUCCGUGCUUGUAAGUGACUUUAUGGUACCGCCAUUUGUAUAUGCAUCCAUGUCAAUUUGGAAGAUCAAGGGUCCAUGUCAAUUUGU